AUGAUUGUUGUACAUUACAAAUUGAUUUUUGAUUUUUCUAAAUUACAUUCAUUAAAUGUCAAACAUAAACAUGAUAAAAGUCGAGAUUAUGCAAAUCCAAUAUUACCACCAAGUGAAAAUUCUAAUGAACCUGUUUCAAUUGAUGCAAGAUGUUUAACAGAUAUUUCAAAUAUUUACGGUUCACCAAUAAUGACACUUACUGAAGCUCCAUUGACAACACUUUCUGUAAUAAAUAAUGGUGCUAUUCAUCUUCCAACUUCAACAGCAACCAUGUUAAAUGUAAGUCAAUUAGCUCAACAAUACACGACAGCAUUAGCUUGCCAAAUUUUAAAUAGAAGAAAUCCUACGACAACAUUAUUAACAACAACUGGUACAACACAAUCACCAUUAUCAUUAUCAACAUUACAACAACCAUAUCAUCAACAUGCACAAAUAAUAAAUCCGUAUAUUACUUCCAAUUUCAGCAUCAUCAUCUGUUGA